AUGAACGAUCAGCAAUUCAAGAUUAUAUCAGCUAAUCUUCAUAAAAGAAUCAAAGAGAAAGAAGCAGAGGAAAAACGUCGAGUUAAAAUGGAAUCAAUUGGCGGGGAAACUUCAGGUCAUUCUCAUCAAGGAAGCCGAGAUUCUCUACACAGUCGUCAUAGAAAACCUAAAUCUGAUUCUUCUGAUCGACCUUCCGAAAUUGAUUCAACCAAAAAUUCAACGCUCAACACUGGUGAUGAUUCUUGUACAAUUAACAAUCAAUGUCCAUCAUUAUUGAAAGUUAAACCACCGUUAUUGGAAACAUCUAAAUUAGAACAAGCAAACAAUCAAAUUAAAUCACCAAUAGGUAAUCAGCAGAAAGUGUCAACCGGAGGAAAUCAAUUAACAUCAAAUAUUAAUCAGAUUCAAAAACAUUUGAUACCCCGACCACCAACUCCAUCUCGCCCUAAAUGCUCAGAGGAAAUGUCAUCAAUGGGUUUGACAACAAUUAAACCUUCUAGUAACACUAAUUGCCCAAUUACCAAGCCUUCACCACUACGACCGGUGUUGAUUAAAACAGUUCCAAUCCCAUCAUCGCCUUCACCUUUACCUCCACCUCCUCCCGUAGAUGAAGUUGAUUGUUGUCUAAUUAAACCAGGAUCACCUUCAACUGGAAUUGAGCCAAGUGAUGAGCUUCCACCGCCACCAGAAAGUUUCCUUCAAGAGUUACGAGAAAAACGAAAUGAAAUGUCCAGUGAAUCUCUUCUUGAACGAUUGACCAGUGAAAGAUUACCUUAUUUUUUUAUUCAAUCAAUACCCUCUUCCCAAAACAAUUUAAUUGUUUAUUUCAAAUCUAAUCCACAAAUUCAAGUGUACAUUAAAUCUUUACUUAACAAUCACCACUAUUCUUAA